GAAGCGCGCCGCGGUGGUGUCUCUCAGGUGGGCGGGCGGGCUGAAGAAGGCGAAGGCAAGAUGGCGCCGCCUGGGGCCGCGGGCGCUGGGAGCCUCGGUUGACUGGAGCUCAGGCGCCGCCGCCUGGCAGCGGAAGGGUUAACGCGCUGGGUGUCGCCGCGGCCGCUCCCUCUGACGGACGAGCUGAGUCGCUGGCUGCAGCGGAGCCGGGCGCGCCUCGCCGGCAAUGGAGACCGGCGAGCUGAGCAGCAUGGAGACCAUGGAGACCCUGACGGAGCUGGGCGACGAGCUCACCCUGGGCGACAUCGACGAGAUGCUGCAGUUCGUCAGCAACCAGGUUGGAGAUUUUCCAGAUCUGUUUUCUGAACAGUUGUGUGGCACUUUCCAGAGCAACAGUGCAUGCAAUGGAAGUGGAAUGGCAGAUCUCUCAUCACAGAGGACCUUCAACCAGGGGCAGCUUCAGUCUUUCCCACCUAAUUCAACUUCUCCCCAGCUUCAGGCAGUGCAAGUGAAAGUGUCCCAGUCAGCUGCUGCAACACCUGCCCCACAACGGACUGCACCUCCUCUUCAGCCUCGUCCUCAGGUUCAGCCUAGGCUCCAGCAACAGACUGUGAUGAUUACUCCAACUUUCAGCUCUGCUCCUCAGACACGGUUCAUUCAGCAGCCUGUAAUUUAUCAAAAUGCGGCCACAAGUUUUCAAGUACUUCAGCCUCAGGUACAGAGCCUGGUGACUUCCUCCCAAGUUCAGCCAGUCACUAUCCAACAGCAGGUGCAAACUGUGCAAGCCCAGAGGGUGCUCACACAGGCUGCCAAUGGAACCAUUCAGACACUGACACCAGCCACAGUCCAGACAGUGGCUGCCCCUCAAGUCCAGCAGGUUCCAGUCCUUGUCCAGCCACAGAUCAUCAAAACAGACUCACUGGUUUUAACAACAUUGAAAGCUGAUGGCAGUCCUGUAAUGGCUGCUGUUCAGAAUCCAGCCCUCACAGCAUUGACUACCCCGAUUCAGACAACAGCCUUGCAGACCUUAGUUGGUAGCAAUGGGACCAUCUUGACCACAAUGCCCAUGAUGAUGGGAGGGCAAGACAAGAUGACCCUAAAGCAGGUGCCUGGUGGUGCCAAGCAACCAGAACCUCCAAAGGAAGGAGAGAGACGAACAACCCAUAAUAUUAUUGAGAAGCGAUAUCGAUCAUCCAUAAAUGACAAGAUUAUUGAAUUGAAGGAUCUAGUCAUGGGGACAGAUGCCAAGAUGCACAAGUCUGGAGUAUUGAGAAAGGCCAUUGACUAUAUAAAAUACCUACAACAAGUCAACCACAAGCUGCGACAGGAGAACAUGGUCCUGAAACUGGCUAACCAGAAAAACAAGCUGUUGAAGGGGUUUGACCUAAGCAGUCUGGUGGACAAUGAUGUGGACUUGAAGAUAGAUGACUUCAACCAAACUGCUCUGCUCAUGUCCCCGCCUGCAUCCGAUUCAGGGUCACAAGCAGGAUUUUCUCCUUAUUCAAUUGAUUCUGAGCCAGGAAGCCCAUUGCUGGAUGAUGCAAAGGUUAAAGAUGAACCUGACUCUCCUCCUGUUGCUCUUGGAAUGGUUGACCGCUCACGGAUGCUACUUUGUGCUCUCACAUUCCUCUGCCUAUCCUUCAAUCCUCUAACAUCUCUUCUAGAAGGACAAAGGACAGCUGAAUCUGAAAGCCCUGUACAUCAUGGUUCUGGGAGGAGCAUGCUGACAAUAGGUUCAGGUUCUGGCGGCUGGUUUGGCUGGAUGAUGCCUACUCUGAUUUUGUGGCUUGUGAAUGGUGUUAUUGUCCUAAGUGUAUUCAUAAAACUGCUAGUGCAUGGAGAGCCAGUGACCCGGCUGCAUUCCCGUUCAUCUGUGACCUUUUGGAGACAUCGGAAACAGGCGGACCUGGACUUGGCCAAAGGAGACUUUGCUGCUGCCGCAUCAAAUUUGCAGAUAUGUCUGUCUGCCCUGGGCCGAGCACUGCCUGCCUCUCGUUUGGAUUUGGCCUGUGGCCUGUCCUGGAAUGUGAUCCGCUACAGUCUCCAAAAGCUAGGAUUGGUGCGAUGGUUGCUGAAAAGGACAUCGCGGCAGAGACGAACUACAGAGGCUCCUGUGGGUUUUGAGGAUGAAGCCAAAACCAGUGCACGUGAUGCAGCCCUAGCGUAUCAUAAGCUCCAUCAACUCCAUAUCACAGGUAAGCUUCCAUCCAGCUCAGCCUACUCAGGAUUGCACAUGGCACUAUGUGCUGUUAAUCUGGCUGAAUGUGCUGAGGAGAAGAUUCCAGCAAGCACACUGGCAGAGAUUCACCUGACUGCUGCAGUUGGUCUGAAGACCCGCUGCGGUGGCAAGCUGGGUUUCUUGGCGAGUUAUUUCCUAAGUCAGGCUCAGAGCUUGUGUAGUUCUGAGCGCAGUGCCAUUCCUGACUCCCUACGCUGGCUGUGUCACCCAUUGGGACAAAAGUUUUUUGUAGAGCGGAGCUGGACAGUGAAAGCUGCUGCCAAGGAGAGCCUGUACUGUGCACAAAGGAAUUCAGCUGAUCCAAUUGCACAGGUGCACCAGGCAUUCUGUGAGAACCUGCUGGAGAGAGCUGUUGAAUCCCUCGUGAAACCUUCGGUCCCCAAAGGGGCUGCAGGCCAAGAUGAUGAAGAGCCCUGUGAAUUUGCUAAUGCUUUGGAAUACCUGAAGUUACUUGGUUCCUUCAUGGACUUUAUGGGAAGUGGUAGACCCCCUUUCACAGGAAAUUCUGUAUUGAGGUCUGCCAUGGGGCCUGAUGUGGUCUGUAGGUGGUGGUCAUCAGCCAUCACUAUGACAAUCAGCUGGCUCAAGGGUGAUGAUGCCGCUGUGAGAUCACAGUUCACCAACGUGGAGCGCAUUCCUAAAUGUCUGGAGAUGACUGAGAGUGCCCUUGUGAAAGCUGUCUUCCAUGUGUGCAAAGCCAUGAAUGCCUCCUUGUCAAGUAAGGCAGAUGGGCAGCAGAGCUCCUUUGGCCACUGUGAAAGAGCCAGCACUCAUCUUUGGAACAGCCUUAACAUGAGCAGUGGAGUCUCAAGCACAAGUCUCAACAAUAUGAUCCAGCUGUUAGCCUGUGACCUGCUGUUGUCUCUCCGUACCACUCUGUGGCAGAAACAAAUGACCUCCAGCCAAGCUGUGGGAGAGACCUACCAUGCUUCUGCUUCUGAGCUUACUGGAUUCCAACGUGAUCUUGGCAGCCUGAGAAAACUGGCCCAUAGUUUUCGGCCUGCUUAUCGAAAGGUGUUCCUACAUGAGGCCACUGUACGCUUGAUGGCAGGGGCCAGCCCCACACGCACUCAUCAGUUGCUGGAGCAUAGUCUCAGGCGCCGAACCCCCCAGAGCAGCAAGCAAGGCGAACUGGAUGCUCUUCCUGGUCAGAGAGAGAGAGCAACAGCAAUUCUCUUGGCCUGCCGCCACCUGCCCCUUUCCUUUCUGUCAUCCCCAGGCCAGCGAGCUGUUCUGCUGGCAGAAGCAGCCCGUACUCUGGAGAAGGUUGGGGACAAGCGUUCCUGUAAUGACUGUCAGCAGAUGAUUGUGAAACUGAGUGGGGGCACAGCCAUUGCUGCCUCUUAACCCUGGGAGAAAGAGGGGGCAUAUCACAGCUUCCCAAAGAACUGGAUUCCUGCCCCUUUAUACCCCUCCUUUUUUAAACACUGUUCUAGGUUAGGACCAUGGAAGUUCCAUUUUGCUAGAUAUGGUAGGUCUUGGAGUAAACUAUCUUUUGUGGCUAGUAAAGUUCUCCAAACACUAUGGGAUGCCUACAUUGGAGAGCAGUUUUUCAUUGACAAAGAGCCUACAGCACCUUAGAAAAGAGAAGUACCUCUUUCCUGUUUAAGGAAGGGCUGGGUUCAGGAAGCUUGCUUUUCUCCAUUUUUACUGAACAAUUUACGACCAAAACAUCUUUGGAAGCAUGUAUUGGAGGCUGCAAAGAAGUCUCCUGAACCCUUUUGCCAGCAUCUGUGGUCUCUCUAUUUGUGGGUCAAGUCAUAUAUGCUGAGGCAGGCCCAGAGAGGAUCUAGGUAUGGUAACUGUUUUGGUCCUCUCCAGGUUACUUUUUUAAAAAAAUUAAGCCUUUAUAUAGAUUCUGUGUUUCUUGGAGGGCUUUGGGUGGUUAUACUAGCUCUCCCAGAGAAAUGUAUCACAGUUUUUAUGCAAUUUGGGGGUUUUAUAGCAAUGUUUUGUGGCUUUGCAAGCUGUAGGGCUAACAUUUAGGGUUUUUUAAUCUCUUCUAUCUCCUGCCCCUCACAUUGUGUAUGUCUGUUUCCUAUUGGUCUGCAGAGCUAUCAUUAGACUAGGGAUUGAGCCUAAUGGAUACUGGAAAGGAGAGGGCAAGAUAGGGCUUAGUUAAAAAAACUGGGAAACUCCUUCUUACAUACUGAUUUCAGCAGCAUUUUCUUCCAUUUUAAAUGUGUUUAGGACACAAUCAUUAGAGACAGUUUUGGAGCAUUACUAACCUAAGUGAGUAUAGUUCUGUUCUCCUAUUUCCCAGGAUACUUUAGGGGAGCCAUAAAAUUAAGCAAGUUUUAUAUGUAUCGCAUGUUCUAGGAGGAAGUAAAAUGGCUGUAGCUGUGCCUCUUGUUGGGAGAACAGUUUUUAAGAAAGUAGAUUCUACAUUGCAUGGAGUCUGAGUUCCAGAAACCCCUUGUGCCUACCUCCUGGGAUAUACUUUCUGUAUCCUUGUUAUAUCUCUCAUUUUAUCUUUCCAAAUCAAUAGUAAUUCCUCUGUUUUUAAAAAACAAAAGCACCAGCUAAACUCUCAGUUUGGGAACACUUGUUUCUCUGGGAAUGCCCAUAGAUGUGUAUGUCACAUUGAACUUGCUAUUGUUCUGUUUGCUGAUGCCUGCCCUUGUAAAUACAUCUGGACGCUGCUGUGGAAAUCAGACUUACAAUUAAACUCCGCCCCCCCCCAGAAGCCUCCAGCAAAUAACUUUCAAUUCAAAUAUAUGUUUUGUAGCUUAGAAUGCACAGAAACUCAUGUGUGUGUUGGGGAGGAGGGGUAUUCUUGUAGCAACAGAUACAGAAUUUCAGGAAUGUUGUCCAAAAUCACGCUAAUAAGAAAUGCAUAGCAUAUGAUUGCAAAUUGUGAAAUUCCACUCAUAGAGUAAACCUGAAUCUAAUACUGCAAUAAAACUUUCAACUUCCAUAUUGUGAAGGCUGCGAUAAAUUGCCUUUUCUCAAUAUUCCUGAAUAUUUGGGAACAAAGAAGAUUAUUUUCUUGAAUGAAAGUACUUUUUUUACCCAUAUGUGUGGGUGGGAUGUGUAAGCUGUUCCAUUUAUAUCUUCUGCCAUGUUCUGUCCUCAGAAGCUCACAGUGAAAGUGAACCUUCCAUUGUCUAAUUGGAUGUUACUUUGUUAGCAAGUAACAAAGUGGGUUUGUCUCCUUAAGUUUCAUUGCAUUAUAUAGAUCAUCUUGGAUGCUUCCUCUGUUAACUAUGUCUCUGCUGUAGCAAAAGUUAUGCCUUGGUACAACACAUAUUUGCCAGGCUGAAAUUCUGUCCUCAUAUAGGUGAUUAGAGUGUUACCUUGUUAUCUAAUGAUGUUCCCCCAUAGCAGCUUUCCCAGUAAAGGUUGCACUAAAUGAGAAGGGUAACAGAAACUACCUCAAUGGAAAGGUACCUGCUAGCACAGAGAGAUUGGGCUGGUUCUAUGCUCCAAAUGCAGAUCCUUCUGGUCUGUUAACAGUAGCAGCAGUCAUGGAUUGGCAUAGAAGUUGUGUAGAGUGUGGGUGCCUGGCUCUUGAAAACUCCUCCAUCGUGAAGAAUUCAUAGCAAACAAUUAACCGUAUUGCUAACUUUUAAAAUAUCUAGAUAAGGUAAUGCAUCUCUGAAUGCAUCUCCCGUUGAUCUGGUGUAACACUGUGGUCAUCUCACAGCUCCACAGAUUUAAAGCCAAGUGAGCCAUUUAUAACUGACAAGAGAAAAUCCUGCAGCCAAGGUUGGACAUUGCAAUAAAGGGCAAAGCUAAACACCAGAAAAAAGUCUCUGAGGGCAGGAUUGAUCUCGUGGAUUGGCACAGACUGACUUUGGGUAGAUGGGAUUUCCAGAGGGUAAUGAUGCCAGGGCAGACUUUCCUCAUACUUUUGGCAUUUCUCUGUCUUUUCUCCCUGCCCCUUUGCUAUGUAAGUUGCAUUCCUCAUAUGCCUUUUUAUACACCUUGGGUCUGUCUCCAGCUGUAUCCCUAUAUUGUUUUUGUGUAUAUAGUGUAAUUUUAUAUACAUACAUAUAUAUAUAUGAUGUGAAAGUGUCUAUUUAUCCCAGUAUAAUUAGAAAUAGGGAUACUUUGCUGUAAGAUGAUGUAGCUGGUGAUGGUGUAUGUUCCAGUUGUGCGCCCUGUCCUGGGGAUCAUUGUGUGACUGUUAUCUAAUAAAGAAAAAUAGUACACAAGGUCUGGUAUUCUUA